CCAAAAUCACCCCUUAUGAUAAACAUCCAAAGAGAAAAUUUCAGAAGAGAACUAUUUUUAUUUUCGGAAGAAAACACUAAACUCAAACCAGACAACUCCAGUCUGGCUUCCUCCAUCUCCAUUCUGUUCUACCAACAACAAGCGACGCCAUCACCUCCCUGUCCUUCUCCUCCAGUUCUCCUUCUCCCAAGCUCCCCGCGGAAUCCAAAUCCUCGUGAAAUCUCUAGCGCCGCCGAGCUUCCUCGGGUAUAGUCGGAUGCUCCCGGCCUCGCACCCGCUGCUCUACGCCUGCGCCUUCCGCGACAGCGCCCUCGUCGCCGAGCUCGCGCACGAGCACGACCCGGCCACCGCGGGCGCCGGCAGCACCGACGACCUGCCGGCGCUCGCCGCCUCCCUAGCCUCUGCAGCGCCUCCGCACCACCGGUACGUCACCCAUUCCGCCGCGGGGCGCGCGCACGCUCUGCUCCUCGCGCCGCCACUCGUGCUCGCGGCGGUCUCGCUCGCGCCGCAGCUCCCGGCGUCCCACCUGCUGCUCUUCCUCCGACGCCUGCGAUGCCUCCCCGAGCACAGGAUGCGCGACGAGAUGGCGCGGCUGGCGCUCCGUCUGCCGUUCCUCGACGAUGAGGCGCUCGCGCGCGAGGCCGCCGAUGUCGCCGCCGCCGAGGCCGAGGCGGAGGAGGCGGCGCGGAGGGAGGGUGAGCUCGCUCGUGGGACGCCCAAGCGGGAGCGUGGCGGCGCCGGGCGGGCGUGGAGGCGCCAGCUCUGGUUGAUCAUCCUCGCGGAUCUCGUGCUCCUCGGUGUACUCUUCGGCGCCUGGCUCGCAGUUUGCAGGGGUUUCAGCUGCAUUGGCCGGUAAAUAGCUAAAAAAAAGGGUGCACAAAGUUCAGGUGAAAAUAUGGAGGUUAUUUACAGAGUUGUUUCUCCUAAUGCAUGAUGCGAUGAAAACUGAUGGUGAUACCAUUAUAACAGUCACCAUCUGCCAAGAUUUGCAAAGCAAAGGGAAUGCACUCAGCACCCACAGUUACCUCUGUUGUAUGAAACACCUCUGAAAAGCGAAUCCCAAUGGCCCUUCUAGACUUCUUAAGUUUGAGUUUCUUGGUUUGGCUGAGGACAUCUGUACACCUGGUGUAAUUUUUUUGUUCAUUUUCCUAUACAAAGCAAACGUUCCCUUUUUUGCCGCAUUGGUCUGUUUUUCUCUAUUCUGGCAAGGACAGACUGAUACAUCUGAAUCGUACUGCGUCAACUGUGGCAGCCCUCUUGAUUUACUCUGCUUUGUUGCAAGUGCUCUAUGGUCAUGUAAUUUCUUGCAUCUUCACCUUGGAGCUUGGGUGAGUCAAAUUCCCUUUGUUUUCAA